CUCGCUGCUGCAACUCGAGGGGGCUGAUAGUGACAGAUCACCGCUAUUGAGUGUCCAUGCAAGACUCGGAGAGGGUGAGCGAGCAGAGGAAACAUGUCUGGCCACUUCUCUGAGAGGAUCCCUGCUAUCAGAGAUGGCAUUUUUGCCCGGCACGGCGCUGCUCGCUUCUAAAGUGCCUCGCAAAAUCCUGUUCAUGUUCACGCUCUCGCUGUCCGUCACCUACCUGUUCUACAGUUUGAUGAGCUGCUACGACUCGCUGCGCGUGCCCGUGCUGCUGGAGAGCUACGCGUACCAGGCGCCGCCGGAGGUCACAACUUUGGCCACGCUGCGGGAGAAACUUUACUCCAGCUCUUCUUCCCGCGCGGCGCACGACAGACCCGCGGCCACCACGCCCGCGGCGGCGGAGAAACCCGACGCCGAGGAGGUCACUCCGGGAUGGGUGCGAGCUCGGCCGGAGACGCCUGUUAGCCAGAGCGCCGCGCUGAACCUGGAGCACCCGGAGACCAGCACCGCCACCAUGGACGCAGGGCUGGGGAGAGCCCCGAACUGCACCUCGGAUUACGGGGAGAAGAAGUUACCCCAGGCUAUUAUUAUAGGCGUGAAGAAAGGGGGCACGAGGGCUCUGCUGGAGGCGCUCCGAGUUCACCCGGACGUGCGCGCCGUCGGGAACGAGCCGCACUUCUUCGAUAGGAACUACGAGAAAGGACUGGACUGGUACAGGGACUUAAUGCCUUCGACGCUGGAGGGGCAGAUCACGAUGGAGAAAACGCCCAGCUACUUUGUGACGAACAGUGCUCCAAAGCGCAUCCACACGAUGGCGAAGGACAUCAAACUGAUCAUAGUGGUGCGCAACCCAGUGACACGAGCGAUUUCAGACUACACACAGACGCUGUCCAAACGGCCCGAGAUCCCGACGUUCGAGGUCCUGGCUUUCAAGAACCGGACACUAGGCCUCAUUGAUGCCUCAUGGAGCGCACUGCGUAUCGGCAUCUACGCGCUGCAUCUAGAAAACUGGCUCCAAUACUUUCCGCUGUCACAGAUGCACUUCGUGAGCGGUGAACGGCUCAUCACAGAUCCAGCUGGCGAAAUGACCAAAGUGCAGGACUUCCUGGGGCUCAAGCGCAUCGUCACCGACAAGCACUUCUACUUCAACAAAACCAAAGGCUUCCCCUGCCUGAAGAAGCCUGAGGACAGCAGCACCCCGCGAUGCCUUGGCAAAUCCAAGGGCAGGACACACCCCAAAAUAGAACCGGACGUCAUCCGCAGACUGCACAAGUUCUACAAGCCCUUUAAUAACAUGUUCUACCAAAUGACAGGGCAGAAUUUCCAGUGGGAGAUGGAGGAGGGAGGGGAAUCCCCCGGCCCAAGGGACUGACAGACUGGCACAUCACCGAUCCACCAGCUUAACCCAUUCCUAUUCAAAAAAAAAAAAAAAGAAAAACAAACUCCAACAUCCAACCUUUAUCCAACAUUACCCAGUGCUUCAGCACAACUAAUCAGUAAUAGCUGUCUGUACUUAGAGCAAAGAUGUGACUGAUUUGCUCUUAAAUUUAUUCCCCCAAAAGCCAAUGGUCCUUAUGGUGGCAAUCUGUUGUAUAUAUAUUAUACAGUACAUAAAUAUAUUUAUAUUUGUGAA